AUGGGUUGUAGGACUCCCGAUGUCGUGACAGAAGGUGGCCCACCAGGCGAGGAGGCUGCCUUCUUCAGGAGGCAGGCAGUGGAGGAUGGAGCGGCCCAGCAGGACGGAGAGGUGGUGCCGUCCGGCAUGUUCCUGUUGCUGGUGGAAGACAUCAUUGAGGAGGUUGAAGUGGUGGCAGAAGAGGAGCAGGGGAAGCUGUCCUCGCAGGAACGGGAGGAGAAGCCGGAGGAGCAGGGCCAGGAACAUCCAAGCACAGGAGCCUCGAGUGACCAGCCCCCACUGGAGGCGCUGGAGGCAUUGGCGGUCCUGCAGGUGGAGUUGAGCUCCACACAAGAGACAGACCCCAAAGCCUAUCUUCGGCUCCAGAGGAAGGACCAUCAGAGGAGAAAGCGCCCCUUGAGUCAGAGAAGUGCCAUCAUCCAGGGCAACCCUGGCUUCAUGUGGCAUGACUGGCUCCUUGACUUCGAGCAGAUUAUGAACCACCACCAGAUGCCCGUCAUCAUCAGCGACCGAGAUGAAGACUUGCUUAGCUCAACGAUGGCUCUGAAGGGCAGGGAGGGAGCCUGA